AUUACCAUUACCAACCUUCCCUGUACACACUAUUUAUUUCCUCUCUCUCUCUCUCUCUCUCUCUCUCUCUCUCUCAUCCCAUUUCUUCAUCUGAUGGCGCUGUCUCGAAUUCUCUCCCAAUCCCUUGCCCGUGCUUCUCUCCGCCCCUCAAACGCCCUAAUAACCCACCACCGCCACCGCUCCUCCAAGCCCCGCCACGCUCAGCUCAUCGAGCUCGACCUCGACGCCGCCUCUUCCUCGCAGCCCGAUUCACCGGAGCCCGCCGCCUCCGAUGUCGUUGCUUUCGGCAUCAAGAAGCUCGAGGAGGCCAUCCACAGCCUCAUCGUCCGCCGGGCCGCUCCCGACUGGCUCCCCUUCCUCCCCGGCCACUCCUAUUGGGUCCCUCCACGCUCCGCCUCCACGCGUAACCACCCCACCGCCGGCAUGAUUGAAGCCCUCGACAAAUUAACUUCUUCCGACCCGACUAGGAACCACCGAUUGCAGCAUGAAUUGUUGUCGGAGGACGAGCAGAUGUCCCUUGUGUCUGCCAAGGGCUGGCCCUCCUCCACAUAUUUUAUUGAAGGUACUUCACCACAACAUCCAAUCCCGUUUAUGGAACUGUCGGACGCUUCUAGCUCCAAGGAUGAACCUUAACUGCCAACGAACCUGAUUGCUGGGGCACACCAGGUUGGAUGAUUAUAUGUCUAAUUAAUAUUUUUGUUGACUCGUGAAUAUAUAAUGCGAAUUCCGCCUGAAAUUAUACCCUUCUUUUGGCAGGGUUGCCGUGGUUGUAGAUAUGUAAAGCAUGGAAGGCGGGAGAGGCAACUUGAACGAAGAAGAACGAGCAGUUUAAAUUUGCAUCAACACAGGUCCUCGGUGGUAGAGCAUCUAUUUGGCUCUUAAACAUACGCUUCUUCACUAUCUUCUACCUACAGAAUGUAAAUUCUUAAGUAAUGGAUUUUUAUAAAUAAACUCGUAUUCAUA